ACCCUCUCAGGCACCAUCUCACACCUACCUUUGCUUUCAAUAAACAGAGCGACACGUUAAACUAAUCAGAAGCCUCAAGUGUUCGGCAGGCGCGGCUCCCUUCUGAUUCAGGUGCAGCUGAGGAACGAGACCCGCGAGAGAAUGGAGGAUGAGCCUUCUCCCGAGGAUGAACGCUUGUUGAGAUCGGAGAAGGAGCUUCACGAAGCUGCGAAGAGGAACGACACGCAGGCAGCCCUCGCCCUGCUGAAGAGCAAGGUGCACGUGAACGCCACAGACAGCGCAAAUCGAGCUGCUCUUCACUGGGCCUCUGCAAGAGGCCACGAGCUGACAGUCCAGACCCUGAUCCACUACAAAGCCAUUGUGGACCUGGAGGACAAGUUUGGGAUGACUCCAGCCAUGUACUCGGCCUGGUUUGGGCACAUCCGAAUCCUGCAGAUGCUGGUGAACGCUGGAGCCACCGUCACACACGAGAACUCGACAGGGCAGGGUCUGCUGCACUGCGCCGCUGCUAUGGGCCACUUAGACAUCAUCAACUACAUACUGGGGGACCUGGAUGAGAUGCCCCUGGACAAGAUGGACAAGCUCAGUAAAACUCCAUUCCUGCUCGCUGCGGAGAAUGGGAGACUACCCGUGGUGCAGUGCUUCCUGGGGCUUGGCUGUGACAUCACAGUGACAGACCAGGAACAAAACAAUGGGCUUCAUCUCGCAGCGAAGAAUGGCUUUGCUCUGGUGCUGCAUGAAUUAAUAGAGGUGAUGGAUCCCAGAGCAAGAAACCAGGAUGGGCAGACGGCGCUGCACCUGGCUGCAGAAGGAGGGCAUUACCAGUGCGUGGAAGCUCUGCUGGACUGCAGCCUCAGUGCUCUGUGUGAUAAAGGCUACAGCGCUCUGCACUGCGCAGUGGAGCAGGGCCACGUGGAGAUCUGCAGGCUGCUGCUGCAGAGAGGCUCACAACUCAACUCUUCCACAGAGGUGGCCCCUCUUCACUUGGCUGUAAUAAACAAUUUCCCCCACAUUGUGCUGAGCUGCAUUGAGGCUGGCUGUGAUCUCAACGUGACUGACCUGAAUGAGCAGACUGCCCUGCACAUAGCGGUAGAGAUGAGAAGACUGGUGAUAGUAGAGCUGCUUUUGGUAGCCAAUGUCAACAUAUAUCUAAAAGACAAGCAAAACAAGACGCCCUUGGAUGUGGCGGUCAGAGGAUACUACGCUAACAUCGUGGACAUGAUCAUUAAAGCCGAACGCUUCUACAGAUGGCGCCAGGAUAUUGAUUCCCAGCAGGCCUCGCAGAUAGAGCUGGAUUUCACUCUGGAUCAUGCACAGGAGCCCAAGCAUGUGCGCUCAGUGCUGUGGAGACUGGCCACCAAAUACCUGCCCCCCGGGGGGUGGAAGAAACUGGCCAAUUACUGGCAAUUCCCAGCCCAGCAUGUCAAAGCAAUUGAGGCUCAAUGGACAGGAAACAAAAGCUACAAAGAACAUGGCUACCGAAUGCUGCUGGUCUGGCUUCAUGGGAUCAGCGUGGAAGGGAAGCACCCCAUCAAGUGUCUGUACGAGAGUCUAGUGGAGACAGGGAACAGGGCGCUGGCAGAAAAGAUGCGCAAGAAAGCAAAUGAGGAUGAGAGUACCAAGAAGUGCCCCUUGAUGUGAUCCAGGACCUCUACAGCAGAGAACAGAGCAGUGUGGUCCCCUGUGUCACAGAAAAGGAAGCAGACGCAGCUUGUGGCUUUGCUUAGUUAACCCAUUUGAUCUGGGACACGACAGCAGGAGUGCCGGAAUACAACUCGGGGCAUUAUCACUUAAGACAGCAGCUGUUUUUGCUGGACUGGUCAGCCAUCUGGAUAAGGUCUGGUACACCAUAAUAUAAUUAGUCAAAUGUGUUACCAAUUGAAAGGUAAGAAACAGCUCUGUGACAUGAAUGGGUUUGUUAAAUAAACAAUGUUACCUUAA